AAACUAUACACGAAAAAUCUGCGGACCUAAGCGAUCGAUCAAAAAAAAAAUGCUUCGACCGGAUAAUCUAGGAUUAAAUCUGGAAAUUCAUCCCGAUGCCUUGGUGAUGAACCAAGCGAGUAGGGCCGGAAAAACACCCGAAGAAAGCCGAAUUUUGAAGGCAAAAGAUUACAAACUACCUGUGUUUACAAGAUACCGCGAGGGUACCUGUAAAGAAGUUUUUUAUUUCGUUCAAGUUGUGGCUCCAAAGUUCGGCCUCGCCGCACAUCCUGAAGAAAGCUGUGAUGCAGAGAAACGCGUCUUAGAAAAAGUCGUGAAUAUUCUCAACAACAUGAGACCUAAACCGAGAUUUUUACUCGUACAGGGAAAUUACACGAAUGCAUCACCAAAUGAUAAAGAAUAUUUCCCGCAGAUAGAGAGUUUCAAGUCGGUGUUUGAAAAUUUAAGCGCGGAGAUUCCUGUUGUGUGCGUUUGUGGCCCAACGGACUGCGGUAAUCCACCGACAUUGGACGGCAUCGAAGCAUAUCGCAAUAGUUUUGGCGACGACUGGUUUGCAUUCUGGGUGGAAGGAGUUCAAUUUUUAGCGAUGAAUACCAGUUAUUACAAAAACCUUAUCGCCGAUAUGGAGAGUUUUAAAACAGAACAACAGGAAUGGCUUGAAUCAAAACUGUUGGAGGCACAAGUAAACCCGCCAAAACAAAUCGUUCUUCUACAAACGACCCCAUGGUUUCGCAAAUCUAUAGAUGAGGAAACCGACACGGACAACAUUGAAUUAAACACUCGCCAAGAAAUUGUUCCUAAACUCUUAGAAGCCAACGUAAAAUACGUCUUCACUGGUAAUUUGAAUGGCUUAGGAAAGGACAAAGAAUUAGAGAUAGUUCAAACAAGUUCUUUAAAAAAAUUAGAAGAGGUGGGAAAUCCAGGAUUUCGUGUUGUCAAAGUCAAACCAGAGGGAGUUGCACAUAAAUUUUUUUCUUUGGACAACUCCCCAACAGAUCUAAAUUUAGAAUUUUAAUAAUCAUUGCUUUUUGCAGCUGCAAUCGACUUCAGAUUAGGGUGUAAUCCGAUAACUCAAAUGUUAGAGCCCAGAAUCAGGUUCUCAAAAAAUUUCCACAACCGCUGAUUCCGUCUUGCUGGGAUAAGAAUAUUGCAGACAUUUUCAUUAUUUUCACCCUGCUGGCGCAAAGCGAUUAAUCAAUGAAGAGAAACAUUUCAAAGGAAAGAAAAUCAGAAGUUAAAUAUUUGCUGUGGGUCAGAGACAAGUAUCGAAUCAAAUAUAUAUCAAAAUUGUUUGUAUGUAUUCUUAGAAGUGGUCUUUCCUGAAAAUAUUAAACUGCGAUUUUCGGUUUCUACUUAAUUGAGGUAGUUUGUACAAAAGUGUUUAUAAUUUUAAACAAGGCAUUUUCUUCGUGGCAAAUAGAAUAUUUAUGAAUUUAAUUCGCUGUCAUCAAAUUCGUGAUUUAGCAUCAAGUUGGCAUUUUCUAAGUUCGUUUAGUACCUACCACAAGACAAUUAACGAGCUGAAAUGAGAUUCUCGGCUUUCACAAAGUCCUCUCGUCGUAUUAAGGAAAUGAUUUUAACCGCGAAUGCAUAGGACAGAUCAUAUUUCAACAAUUCAUUUUAGGACUAUGGUAAUUUCGCUUGCAUCUUGUAUGAACAUUUUUAUUUGGUCAAGACACUUUUUGUCGAAGUUGUUUCGCAUUGAAGAUGAAAAAAGAAGACAUUUCUUUUAGCCAACGAAAGUCGAACAAAUGAUUAUGUCACAACCGUUUUGGUUACUUUCAGUUUGGAGAAUAAUACAUAAAAACUUAGAAAAAGGUUUGAAAAUUGAAUAUCUAGUAGCAUAAGUAUGCUUUUCUUAGAAAUUAGGGUUUGGUUCCCUAAAAAAUAAAAAGAGCGUUCUUCGAAGGGAGUGUCGUAAACCAAAAUCAAAAUUAUCCCAAAGGCCAAUCAAGAGAAAGGAAAUUACCUUUGGGGGACAAUGAGAAUCAAUGUAAAACCAACCCAACUACCUAAUGCGCGGGAAAAUGCGGGCGACCAGGCCGUGAUUGGUUUUAGUUUCACAUCUGAUUGGCUAAGAGAGUGGUGCGAUUUUUCUGGACCAAUCACAGAGCGACGUGAACUAAAACCAAUGCGAUCCCAGAUUGUUUUCAACGCUCAGUUGUAAAUUGCUCAUCAUCCAAUCCAGGAUUACUGAGUACCGGUAAUUUAGUCAAACCGACAGUAAUUUUCUCCUUCCCAAUCGAUUGUUUCUUGUCUUGACGCCGGAUAUGCAAGGUGACUACGCGGUAAAUUAGUCAGGGAAUUCAAUAGUUGGAAGUAGAAUGGCUCCAUAGAGGAAG